AUGAAAUUCCUGCAAAGUGCUGUGUUCGUUUUACUAUUUACAAUCUGUUACCUCGAUUUGUGUUCGACAUUAUUUUUUAAGCCAUGGAUAAAGAGUUUAAGGAAGUCUGUGGGAUAUGGCAACACUGGACGUUAUUAUGGUUAUCAAAAUCCCUAUUACGGUUACAAUAGUAAUUAUUACAAUUAUGGUUAUUUUGGCAGCGGCGGUGGAGGAGGUUAUAAUAGACCCGGCAGACGUCCUGGUGGCAAACGUACUGGUCGCACUUAUUCCGACAUUGCAAGAGUAGUAAAUCCAAAUCCAUAUGCUUUUGUCGGUCAACGACCAUAUCCAGCACAACCAUUUUAUCCUAUCGGUUAA